CUCAGCGGCCCACCACUUCCCUCGGCUGAACUCCCCCAGCAGGAAGUUACUACUGCAGGCAACCUCUGUGCUGGAAGCCCAAUCAGCGCCCGCGACCCGGCGCCUGCCUGACCCGAGUCACGUGUCAGCCAAAGAUGGCUGCGUUCAGGCUAGUUGAGCAAAGGUUGGCGUGAACCCCAGCGUUCCGAGGAGGGUUGUGAGCAGAGCAUAAGGCUCAAGAUGAAAAAUCAUGAACCAGAUGAUACUGUCAAGGAAGACUUAAUUUUCAAUAUCAUAACCAGAAAAAUUAACCACCUCCCAGAAGCAGAAAGGAAUCUAUUUGAACAUGGAUCAGUUUAUAUCGGACUUAAUGCUGCUCUCUGUGGUCUAAUAGCAAAUAGUCUUUUUCGACGCAUCUUAAACGUGACACAGGCUCGUAUAGCUGCUGGCCUACCAAUGGCAGUGAUCCCAUUUUUGACUGCGCAUGCAUCUUACAAAGGUUUUGUAAAUCUACCUUUGAAUACAGGUGAUUUGAAUUGUGAAACCUGUACCAUAACACGGGGUGGACUGGUUGGUCUUGUUUUUGGUGGUCUGUACCCUGUUUUCUUGGCUAUACCUGUGAAUGGUGGCCUAGCAGCCAGGUAUGAGUCAGCCCUGCUACCAGAAAAAGGAAACAUAUUAACUUACUGGACUAGAAUUUCUAAGCCUGUCUUUAGAAAGAUGUUAUUUCCCAUUUUGCUCCAGACCAUGUUUGCAGCAUACCUUGGAUCUAGACAAUAUAAAUUAGUUAUAAAGGCUCUUCAGUUACCUGAACCUGGCCUAGAAAUUCAGUGAUUGUUAAACAACUUUGUACACAAAAAUAAAACUGUAAUGUAUGAA